AUGCAGGACGAAACCUUCCGCACGGCUUUUACUUUUGCCACACUUCUUCGGCACCGCACGUCAGAUGCAGCCCGACGCAUCACGGCAAUUUCACUCGACACAGCAGCCGGUCGCGUAUUCAUCGGCCUCGCCAGUGGACACGUGGAGGAGCAUGAAAUUGUCGUAAAACAUUCGUAUGCGCUGGACGCAGGCCCGUCUGGCACAGGCCUGCAUGCCACGACACGCCUGGUGGCCGAGAAGCGCGUCUCCAAGCAGCCCGUGCUAUCGCUGGCCUGCCUCCCAACCGCAUCCCGCCUCGCAAUUCUCUGCGAGGACGGCACGGCGUUUGUCGCAGCAUAUGAUACGUGGAACGUGUUUGCCCUGCAAGGCGUCCGUACGGCCGUAGCCAUUGCCGCGGACCCGGCACCCGCUGCCGCAGCGGCGGCGGCCCGCUGGAUGCCAACAGACGACUCCGAUACCAGAAAUACUGAUAGCGGUGCGACAGCAACAAUCUCUGGCUCUAAGGCAACAGGGCCAGCGGUACCGGCCGCCGCGUCGAUACCCCCGCCGCGGCCGGUGCGCCUGGCUGUAGCAGUCAAAAGUAUCGCUACAGUCGCCAAGCUGCUGGUCUACUCCAUCGCUCCAUCCGUCGGCAUUGCCGCAAAUCAACCGCCAGCCCAUCUCCUGGCCCAGAUUCCGCUACAGGAUGCGGUGCAGGAUCUGACCUGGGUUGGCUCCGGGCUCUUCGUACAGCAUGCCACAUCGUACAACCUGCUACAGCCGGGUGGCCGCCUGCUCCGAAUCGCCGAGCACGGUUGCUGUCAGCCGCGUAUGGCCUCUGCGCCGUGGCCUGGCGGCCGGGGGGGGGCAGCCGACGGCGCCGUCGCUAGCGGCCGCGCCGUCACCACCAAGCCAGCGGCGGCGGCCGCCGCCGCCGCCGCCGCCAGCGGUAACUACUUCAUCGCGAUUUCGGACGCAGAGGGCGUGCUCGUGUACGACAGAACGAGCUCACGACUCGUACAGCGCAUUUUUUGGGCCCACGAUGACCCUUGGGUCACGGCUGCGAAGCGCAUCCCCGUGGCGGAGGACGCCGGCGGCGGUGGCGGCGUGGCUGUAGCCACCUCCGGCGUCGUCAUGUUGCUACAGCCUGUGGCGCCAGAUCUGCAGCGCUGUGACGGCGCCGGCGCCGGCGCGGCAGCGAGGUCGUUUGCGGCUCGCGAGCUGCUAAAGAGAAAGCGCUUUGACGCCGCGCUGGCGCUCAUCCGCAGCUGCCGACAAGCCAGGGAGGGCUGGGCGGACACGGCGCUGGCGCAGGCGGGGCUGCUACUGCUGCAGGUGAGUCCAAAAGGUGGUUCGAGCUUCUUUGGUAUUUCGCGUUGGCGUCGGAGCUACGUUGCGAGGACGCCCUUUGCGCUUUGGAGGAGGAGCUACUGGGGCCUGCAUGGCUCCCUACAGAGUGGGUGGGGGUGGUGGGGGGUGGGAGGUAGUGGGGGGGGGAGGUGGUAUUGGGUUUCGGAUCUACGGGGGGCUGGUUUGGACCGCAUCUGCGACGACUUUCUGGAGCUCCGAAACUCCACCACCAGCAGCCCGCGACCGUCGCCGUCACCGCCAGCGUCGCUGCGCAGCAGCGCGGGUGCUGGCGCCGCGACGGCGGCGGCGUCACAGCUGCUACUGCCGCGCGGUGAAGGCGGAGGGGAGGUGGCGGCGCUGGCAGCAGAUGCCAAACGUCACAUCGUGUCGUACCUGCUGCGAAACCGAGGGCGGCCCGGAGUGGUUUGUCUGGAGGGCAUCGACACGCUGCUGGUGCAUCUGCUGGUGGAUGCCGGGGAAACUGCCGUACUGGAGGCCUUUCUAGAAGCGCGCAGCGGCGGCGGCGGCGAAGGAGGCGGGGUUGAAGGGGAAGCAGGCGUUACCGGUGGCGGCUUGGGGGCGGCGGCGGUGAUGGCGGCGGCGAGGGGUCCGCAGGCAUGUGUAUCGCCCCGUGAUACGGCACUGGUGGCGGCCCUUGAAGGGGCGGGCAGGUUUCACGCGCUGGCGGUUCUCCGAGCCGGGCGGGGACAGAUACCCCAGUCCCUGGAGCUGUGGGAGAGUCUGGCCCUCGGCGGGAUAGCGGUCCUGGUGCUCGUGGUGGUGGUAGUGGCGGUGUCAGCGUACCCACUGGCAACUUUGGAUGCCAGCAGUUGCUUUUCCUUCAGUUCUUACUGUAAGAACUUGCAGCCUGUACUUCCCCCCCGUAGCGGGCAGAGGACCACACGUCCCGGAGUCGCCAAGCGCCAGUGGUGCGGUGGCGGCGGCGGCGGCGGCGGCGGCAGCGACAGUCGCAUCAGCGGCGGUAACGGCAAGCGCGUCGUCACUCGCGUCGGCGUCUUCGCCACCUUCCGACCGUGCCUUAGCAGGCCGCUACCGGUCGCGGACGUCAUGUCGCUGCUCCAGGGAAGGUACGACGGCGUGCGAUGGCAGUACAUGCACCACCUCGUGUACGGCAGCGCCGCCGCCGCCGCGGCCGCCGCCGCGCCAUCGUCAUCUUUUCGGACGGAACUGCCGCCCGCGACCGCAACGGGGGUGAUGGCGGCGGUGCCGCGUCAUCCGUCCGGCGGCCACGACGGCGUUGCCGCCGCCGCCGCGGCAGCGGCGGCACACGCCUGCUCGCCGCCGCCGCUGUCGACCGCCGCGGUAUUAGCGGGAGCUGACCGCGGCGGCGGAGGCGGCGGAGGCGGAGGCGCUGCCAUUGUGCCGUACGGCAGCGGCGGCGUAGCCGUCUGUUUCGCUUCUGGCGGCGGCGGCGGCGGGGGCGGUACAGGCGCCGCCGCUGCUGCAGCUACGGCCGCUUCGUCCGUCAGUACGGCGGAGCUGUCCUGGCUGGGCACGUUGGGGCUGUUGCCGGCGGCGGCGGUGACCCGACAGCUGCUAUUGGCGAUUCGGGCAGCCAGGCUUGCGGCGGGUUUGAAUCCAGAUCUAGAGCAGUACCUGGAUCUGGAUGCCGCCACCGCCGCCGGUGCUGGCGGUGGUGGUGCUGCCCCUGGCGGCGUGGACGGGAUCAGCUUUCCUACCGCCGCCGCCGCCGCCGCCGCCGGCGGACUGGGGGAUAGCCUGUCGCUGCUGCGGGCGCUCUCCCGAAGCGGCGACGGCGCCGGCAUGGGGACGUUGAUGGGUUUGAGAGCUGUACUGCAACACCAUUUGUACUGCUCGAAGCUGUACGACGCGGCGAUCGUGCUGCAGCUGCACUGCCGCCAGGGCGACCACCCCGCGGCGCUGGCGGUGUUGGCGCUACAGCUCGCGGAUGUGGACGGCGCCAUUUGCUACUGCCGGUCGCGGUGUGGCCAGGAGGGCUGGUUGGCGCUGCUGGACUUGCUGCUCAGGCCCGGAGGGGGGCGUGAACCGGACUACGGGGCCGCCUGCCGAGUGCUGGCUGCGGAGGGGGCGGCACUGGCACCUUUGCAGGUUCUGGAGGCGCUGAAUGACGACAUGCCGCUCCACCUGGCCCAGGGGACUCUGAGUCGUAUGGUGGGGUCUGUGCAGCAUCGUAAGCGGCAGGGCCAGAUUCUUCGGGCCCUCCACAGGGCCCAGAACCUGGCACUGAGAGCGGAGGUGGCCCAUUUACAGGCUAGCCGUGUGGUGCUGACUGACGAGAGUCUGUGUCCCGGAUGUCAGCGGCCGCUGACCACCCAGGUCUUCUACCGCUACCCCUCCGGAGUGGUGCUGUGCGCUAGUCUUCGGCUAAUGGUUAUAUACCUUGCCUCUCAAGGUGUGCGCGACCGGAAGGCCGAGGAUGAUGAGCGCAAUGAGCGCCCUCCACAAGUGCCCUGGCUCUGCUCCGCGCCCUGGUUGCGGCCAGGAGCUGUCAGCGCAGUCAUGUGCUCGUACGGCCACCCACGUGCUCCACCCGCUCCUGCAAGUUUGGAUCCCCCGGGAAGAAGUUCAGGCGCGGUGCUGAGCGCGGAGGUGCUGACCCGUGAGGCCCAACGCUUUCCACUUCCCAAGAUGGGCCUCAUGCAGGGUGUCACCUCAGAGCAUCCUUCGCCAGGUCCCCCCAUUCACGCGCAAGAAGGGUACACAAUACAGCCUUUGCGGUGCCAGCUCCACCCGGACAGCUUAUGCUCGUUUGCUGAGCUGAGUUCUGUACUUGGUUAUUUCAGUGUAGAUGUACCGUCCCGCUGCAUGCAAGCGCAGGCAAGGGAAGUGGCGACAGAGGUUCGGGACAACAAGAGCAAUUACUGCCAACACAGCGCUUAUGCCCACAAGUACAAAUCGACACGGGCAGACCAUGCUCGUCGCGUUCCAACUGUUAAGGCUGCGGUUGCCCACGGUCGCGGCUGCUAA